GCUGCCAUAAGGAAAAAUUACAUUUCAUGGCUGCUUGUAAUUACCAUUUCCUUCUCUUUGUGCUUGCUGUUGCUGUUACUGCAUCAGCUCAAGUUAAUACUACCUCCAAUGGAACACUCUCCCCAGAUUUUUACUCAUCCACUUGCCCUGAAGCCUCCUCUAUUGUUCAAAAAGUUGUCAUAGCUGCCAUAAAAAAUGAAACACGCGUCGGGGCAUCUUUACUCCGAUUGCAUUUUCAUGACUGCUUUGUUAACGGGUGUGAUGGGUCAGUACUGCUGGAUGAUAAUGCCACCUUUGUAGGCGAGAAAACUUCAGUUCCUAAUAACAACUCUGCCAGAGGAUUCAAUGUGGUGGAUCAGAUUAAAGCUGCGCUAGAGCAAGCAUGCCCUGGAGUUGUGUCCUGCGCUGAUAUACUUGCUCUUGCAUCUCGUCAUUCUGUUGUUUAUCUAGGUGGUCCAUCGUGGACAGUUCAACUUGGAAGAAGAGAUUCUACCACUGCAAGCAGGAGUGCUUCAAAUACCUCUAUCCCUCCACCCACCUCUAAUCUAAGUGCUCUUAUCUCAAGCUACUCUGCACAGGGCCUCUCUGUUCAAGACUUGGUAACUCUUUCUGGUGCACAUACCAUUGGCCUGACUAGGUGCACCUCAUUUCGAGCACGAAUUUACAAUGACUCCGAUAUAGACCCCUCCUUUGCCAAGUCAUUGCAGCGUAUAUGCCCAAGAAAUGGAAGUGAUAAUGUGCUUGCACGUCUUGACCUUCAGACGCCGACUUUCUUUGAUAAUUUAUACUACAAGAAUCUGGUGAACUAUAAGGGUAUUCUUCAUUCUGAUGAGGAGCUCUUCAAUGGCAGCAGCACUACAGCCCUUUUGGUUAAAAGAUAUGCCACCGACAAUUCAGUAUUUUUCAAGGAUUUUGCCAAAGCUAUUGUAAAAAUGGGCAACAUCAAGCCUCUUACAGGCACUAGUGGUGAAGUCAGGAUCAAUUGCAGGAAAGUCAAUUAAAUUUUCACCCGCACAUGUAAUAAGGAUUCCUGUUCCAUUUUCUCAAUAAAGUUGAUAAGAAAGCUUGUGCAAACAAGUAGUGAAGAACAAUCUACCAUUUUUUUCCCCAUAAAAGCGUGCAGUUGAAACAAUUAAACAAACCCAAUCCAUUUCUUUUAAAGGUCAGGGGCCAGGGAUUUCAACUU